GAUAGUAUUACCACAGUAUUACCGUUUCUGUGUGGCCGUCUCGUUUCACGCACACAUGAACGUCGUCUAUACGCCCGCUCACCGAUCUUCCCGACACAAAAUUGUUCAGUACCACGCCGCGCGCCUCCGAGUUCGGUCGCCGCGUUGUAAAUUGCAAUAGUGCUAAUUAUAAAUUAAAUUAUGGCAACCACUUCAAACAAUUGUAGAUACUGCAGUGUGUACGGGUGCCUGAAUACGACGGCGAAUAAACCACAUCUGUCAUUUUUUCAACUUCCUGCUGACCUUAAAAGGUGAUAAACGCAACGAGUGGCUUCGUAUGAUGUGCCGGGAAGAUUUAGCAGACAAGAAUUUCACAAGUUACAAAGUUUGCGAAGAACAUUUUAACGAACAAGAUAUUCUACCGUGUCAACAAGUUAAAAGAUUGAAAACCACAGCAAUACCAACCACUAAUCUGCCAUACUUGCUAAAAGAAGAUGCAGAGACCCAGACCACAAACAGCUACGCUGAGCCACGGAGCGAAACAGUCCAAACAGAAAAAAUGUCCAAAAUCCAUAAAAAUACUCAAACUAAUCAAGUUCUUUUGUAUCGUACUGCUACCGUGAAAAAGUUAAAGCGUGAACUCGGAGAGUGCCAAAGACAGCUUAGAUUAAAUGAAAUCAACAGUAAAAAUCCGAAGAUCCAAAGGGCCAUUUUACGCAAGUUAAGCGAUAAUUUGCUAUCGAAGCAACUUGCUAUGGUAGUAAAAGCGAACGCCGAUUUAAAAUGCGACAAGGAGUAUAUUCAAUUUUGUCUGAAUCUAUACGACACUAGUCCGGCAGCCUACUGCUUUUUACGAGAUACGUUAGCUAUGCCGAGUCCAGUGACUUUAAUGAAAUUGAAAACUGAGAUACCGACUGGUUCACAAACGACGACCUCGACGAAUACAAAUAAUUUUACACAUACCUUAUACGCAAGUUUAGGUGUACUCGAUUUCGCCGCAACUUCAGAUGAUUUCGACGAAACAGACGCGAUUAAUUUAGAAGAUUUUGACGUGAAUUCAGGUGGUUUCGACGCAAUGACCUCCAACACAAAGUAUGCAGACGCGUCGACCUCCACGACGACAGAUAAAUUACAAGCCACCAAUACGAGUAAUUUAAAAACGACGGCCUUCACCGAAACAAUUAAUUCUGCCUCUAGUCCUGAAGCCUCCAGUUGUCUACGAAGUGCAUUAUGUGCGGCUAAAUCAAAAACUGUAAAAGAAAAUAAUUUAGAAGCAAAAACUUCCACUAACACAAAUAAUUCUGUGGCAAUGAUCAUCUGUGAUAUUCCGCCGACCGUUCCACCAGAGCAUUAUGAUCCAUUAGAAAAUAUCAUGUAAACUUCUAACGGCGUAACAGAACAUUCUAACACGGCUACGUUUAUACCGCGCGCACCUAAAAAGAUCGCUCGGAUAAAAUGGAUCGGAAUGGUACAGUUUUUGACUUUUAGGUCCCCCUACUAGGGCAAUAAUUCUUGUUGCCUUCAACACUUCUGUUUGCCCUAGUAGGAAAAGGGUGUACAGAUCAGUAAUCAGACGGGUCGUUAUUUAGAGUCGGAUCAGACACGUUAUUGGUUGCUAUUGUACCUAUACAUGCGCCUAUUUCGCUCCAGUUUCGCCGAAAUCUUAAAGUUACCCGCGGCCUAUAUCAUCAUAAUAUUAUAUUUUUAUUGUAGUACCUUAUAAACUUUCGA